GCCCCGAGGGGUCCCCGCUCCGCUCCGCGAUGUCCCCCCUCGGGGGUCGCCGCUGUCCCCCCGCGCUGCUGGCGCUGCUGCUGGGCCUGGCCGGGAGCCGAGGAUCCCCGGAAUGCCAAAAUCCGGCUGUGUCCCGCCCCGUGACCGCGGGAGCGUCGCUGUGCCUGGUGCCGGAGAAACCCCCGCGGGAGUGGACAGAGAUGCAGUGGAAAUGGGAUGAUAACGGGGUCUAUUGGGCCGAGUUCGAGAAUUCGCGAGUGAUUCCAUCCCGGUGCAUCCGAGUGUCCGUGUGGGACCCCGUCCCGCGGCCGGAGCUGAAAUCCCAAAUCCUGCAGCGGGAUCGGGGCCGGUGCCACCUGUCCCUGCUCUGCUCCAGCCCCGGGAACGUCUCCUACAGCUGGGCCUGUGCCGGGGAUGGCCCGGAGCCGGUCCCGGGGCAGAUCCCGGAGCCGAUCCCGGAGCCGGUCCCGGGGCAGAUCCCGGGGCAGAUCCCGGGGCAGAUCCCGGGCAGCUCCUCCCGGCUGCUCCGGAGCCUCCCCGAGGGCGCGGAUCCCCAAAUCUGCCUCUGCAACGUCAGCAACCCCGCGGGGUGGAGCGCGGCCCGCGCCGCCCUCACCUGCCCAGAAAUUUCAGGGAAUUUCAGCCUCUGGACACUGCUGGCCGGGGCCGGGGCCGGGGCUGUGGGGCUGAUCCUGCUCCUCGUGGGCUUCUGCUGCUGGUGGAGGAAGAGGAGGAAAAACUCCCGGGAAGGGACCCCCGGAACUGCCCCGGAGCAGGCGCUGACCGUCUACGCCACGGUGGGAGAGAAGAAACGCCGCCAGGGCCCUGCCAGGACGGGCGAGGCCACCCAGGAAGGAGCCACCAUCUACGCUGCGGUCACUCCCAGGACAGUGGAACACCCCAGGCACCAUGAGGAACCCAUGAAUUUCACCAUUUACUCCACGGUCCAGUUCGACCACGGGCCUUCAUCCAUCAAGAGGAAGAGGCUGGACCGAUCUUUGGUCUCCACCGCCUACCUGGAGGAUAACGGGGGUUACAGGCGCUUGGGGUUCCCAAAUCCCGCCGACCACCAGCGCCCCUGAAACCCCGGAAUUCCCAUCCCGGUGGAAUUCUCCUCCUGGAAACUCCAGCGGCCACUGGGACCCAUGGAAUAGAAAUAUCCAGAAAUAUCCAGAAAUUCGGGGUUUUUCUCCCCAAGAUUCAACCCCCGGCUGCGCCUCGGAGCGAAGAUCUGGGGAUGGAAAAUUCCGGAAGGGAUGGAUUUGGGAUUGGGCAGGCGGGAUGGGCAGGGUGGGAAUUCUGUGGGGAUUUUAGCGUUUGGAAAUUUGAGAAUUCUUUAUUUUUUAUUUUUCUUGAUGAAGAGCGUGAAGAGGUUUGGGUUCACCAAACCGAGUUUUUGGCCAAUGCACCAAUUUUGGGGUGGGUUUGGUGCUGGCGCUCACUGGAGUUGUUUGCUCGUUUC